AUGGCCGAUUUUCAACUCCGUUUUUCUACUAAUGUUAUGGGUGUUACUGGAGAUAUAAGAAGAUUCGAUAUAACUGAUAUUGGUGAUGCAAGAAAAUUGGCCGACGCAAUGGCAUAUAAAACUAAAGUUCCUUUGAAAAGUGGCGAAGUCGCAGAUUAA